CUCCUCCCGCACUGCUGGGGAGAGCUGUUGAGCUAGAGUCUGGCGGACUUGGCUGGAGCUGUUGCCAUGACAAGCAUUUUCUUAAGAAAGCUCUGCUGUUGAGACCAUUCAGAGCUGGGGGUUGAGAGGGGAGGCACGAACUUCCUGGAGAAGCAUCCUUACGAAGAAAGCAAGACCAGGACACCCGCCCGGCAGCCCUGCAUUAUUUUCUUCCAGGAACCUGAAAGGUCCUUCUCAUUGGGAGGGCCGGGGGGAGGAGACCCGGCCCACUCCCCGGCGGUGGCUGUAAAGGCGAGAGAGCAAAGCCAGCAUCUCUAAAGUGGCUGCCACACUGGGGAGACCCGUGGGUGGUCACCCCCACCCUCCCCUGUCCAUGGAAACCUGGACGGAGAGUCCUGCUUGGAGAAGGCUGGAUCUUUGCUAGAAAGAGAGGGAUCCCCAAACUCCUGGCCGUGGACCAGUAGCAGUCCGUGGCCUAUUAAGAACCUGGCCGCACAGCAAGAGAGAUCCAGUUGUCAUCGGUAUCCUGGGAGCCCUUUUCCUUCUCCUGCUGCCUCUCUACCACCGCAGUUGCUGGCUGUUGCUAAGGUUGCCUCCAUGGUAACAUGCACAUCUUGUUUAUACCUCCAUCUGGGCAAGUCGGUCUAAGCUAGGAACCUACCUACCCUGGACAACCACUUCCAGUACCACGUGGGGACACCAAUCUUCGUGACACGUGGUCCGGCUUCCACUCAGUUCCCCCAUCCUCUUCCUCUUCUCGCUGCCAAGCCUCAUACAGGAAAAAGGAUCUGGGCUAGAGACUCUGAAGCUUAUUGCACAAGAUAUAGUCCAUCAAUUUCCUAAGUGCUCUCAGGGAAGCAAGAAGGAAGAAGGAAGAAGUGAGGCAGAGAGGCAAGGGACACUGAUCAAUUGAAGGGAAACUCCACAUUUUUUCUCUUGUCGAGGGGUUUGGUAACAGGAGUCAAAAUGACGAACCCUACAGAACGUGGCCUGCCGGCCAAUUCAAUGAUUGAAAGCCGUGAAGGGGACUUUGGCUGCACAGUAAUGGACCUGAGGAAGCUCAUGGAGUUGCGCUCAACUGAUGCAAUGAACCAGAUCAAUAUCCACUAUGGAGGUGUAAUAAAUCUCUGCAGUAGACUGAAAACCAACCCUGUGGAAGGCCUAUCUGGGAACCCGGCAGAUCUGGAGAAACGUAAGCAAGUGUUUGGACAGAACUUAAUCCCUCCCAAAAGGCCCAAGACCUUCUUAGAAUUAGUGUGGGAAGCCCUUCAAGAUGUCACACUCAUCAUCCUGGAGAUCGCGGCCAUAAUCUCCCUGGUCCUGUCCUUCUACCGCCCCCCUGGUGAAGAAAAUGAACAGUGUGGUCUACCCGUAAGUAGCCCAGAAGAUGAAGGGGAGGCAGAAGCCGGCUGGAUUGAGGGGGCAGCCAUUCUAUUCUCGGUGGUCAUCGUAGUGCUAGUGACAGCCUUCAAUGAUUGGAGCAAAGAGAAGCAGUUCCGGGGGCUACAGAACCGCAUUGAAAAGGAACAGAAAUUCUCUAUCAUCCGGAACGGUCACAUCAUCCAGCUCCCUGUGGCUGAGAUCGUGGUGGGUGAUAUCGCCCAAAUCAAAUAUGGUGACCUGCUGCCUGCAGAUGGGAUCCUGAUCCAGGGUAAUGAUCUCAAGAUUGACGAGAGCUCUCUGACGGGGGAAUCGGACCAUGUCAAGAAAUCCGUGGAAAGAGACCCCAUGUUGCUCUCAGGGACCCAUGUCAUGGAAGGUUCUGGCAGGAUGGUCGUGACUGCUGUGGGUGUCAACUCCCAGACUGGAAUCAUCUUUACCCUCUUGGGGGCCAGUGAGGGAGAAGAAGAGAAGAAGAAGAAAGGUAAAAAACAAGGAGUCCCUGAAAAUCGCAACAAAGCAAAGACUCAGGACGGAGUGGCCCUGGAAAUCCAGCCACUCAACAGCCAGGAGGGGCUCGACAGUGAGGAAAAGGAGAAAAAGGCAGCCAAACUGCCCAAGAAGGAGAAGUCAGUGCUGCAGGGCAAGCUGACUCGCUUGGCUGUUCAGAUCGGGAAAGCUGGUCUGAUCAUGUCCGCUAUCACCGUUCUCAUCCUGAUUCUGUACUUCGUGAUUGACAACUUCGUGAUACAGCGCAGACCAUGGCUAGCAGAGUGCACUCCCAUUUACAUCCAGUACUUUGUCAAGUUCUUCAUCAUUGGCGUCACCGUACUGGUGGUAGCUGUGCCGGAGGGGCUGCCACUGGCUGUCACCAUCUCACUGGCCUACUCUGUGAAGAAAAUGAUGAAAGACAAUAACCUGGUACGGCAUCUGGAUGCUUGUGAGACAAUGGGCAACGCCACAGCCAUUUGCUCUGACAAGACAGGCACAUUGACCAUGAACCGCAUGACAGUGGUACAGGCUUUUAUCGGAGACACCCGUUACCAUCAGCUCCCAAGUCCUGAUGCCCUUGUGCCCAAGGUCCUGGACCUUAUUGUCAAUGGCAUUUCUAUCAACAGUGCCUAUACCUCCAAGCUCCUGCCUCCGGAGAAGGAGGGAGGCCUGCCACGGCAGGUGGGCAACAAGACAGAGUGUGCGCUGCUGGGCUUUGUCACUGACCUGAAGCAGGACUACCAUGCGGUGCGCAGUGAGGUGCCCGAGGAGAAGCUCUACAAGGUGUACACCUUCAACUCAGUGCGCAAGUCCAUGAGCACCGUCAUUCAGAAGCCCAGCGGCGGCUACCGCAUGUACAGCAAGGGCGCCUCUGAGAUCAUCUUGCGCAAGUGCAAUCGAAUCCUGGACAAGAAAGGGGAAGCAAUACCAUUCAAGAAUAAGGACCGAGAUGAGAUGGUACGCACUGUCAUUGAGCCCAUGGCCUGUGAGGGACUCCGGACUAUCUGCUUAGCUUACCGAGAUUUCAAUGACGUGGAGCCCCCGUGGGACAAUGAGAACGAGAUCCUAACUGAACUGACCUGUAUCGCAGUGGUGGGCAUUGAGGACCCCGUGCGUCCAGAGGUCCCAGAAGCUAUUGCCAAAUGCAAACGAGCCGGCAUCACUGUCAGAAUGGUGACAGGAGACAACAUCAACACGGCCCGGGCCAUCGCCACCAAAUGUGGCAUUGUGACACCUGGGGAUGACUUCUUGUGCUUGGAAGGCAAAGAAUUCAACCGACUCAUUCGCAACGAGAAGGGCGAGGUGGAGCAAGAAAAACUGGACAAGAUCUGGCCUAAGCUUCGAGUCCUGGCACGAUCUUCCCCCACUGACAAGCAUACACUGGUAAAAGGCAUCAUUGACAGCACUGUUGGGGAACAGCGACAGGUGGUGGCUGUCACUGGUGAUGGCACAAAUGAUGGGCCAGCUCUGAAGAAAGCGGAUGUUGGCUUUGCCAUGGGUAUUGCAGGCACAGAUGUGGCAAAAGAGGCAUCAGACAUCAUCCUAACAGAUGACAAUUUUACCAGCAUCGUGAAGGCCGUGAUGUGGGGACGAAACGUCUAUGACAGCAUCUCCAAGUUCCUGCAGUUCCAGCUCACUGUCAAUGUGGUGGCCGUGAUUGUGGCCUUUACUGGAGCCUGCAUCACUCAGGAUUCACCACUGAAAGCCGUGCAGAUGCUGUGGGUUAAUCUAAUCAUGGACACGUUCGCCUCGUUGGCCCUGGCCACAGAGCCUCCUACAGAUUCUCUGUUGAAACGUCGCCCCUAUGGCCGAAAUAAGCCUCUGAUCUCACGGACUAUGAUGAAGAACAUCUUAGGACAUGCGGUCUAUCAGCUCACAAUUAUCUUUUUCCUUGUCUUUGCCGGUGAGAAAUUCUUUGACAUUGAUAAUGGCAGGGANGCACCUCUACAUUCCCCACCCAGCCAGCACUACACCAUUGUUUUCAACACCUUCGUACUGAUGCAGCUCUUCAAUGAAAUCAACUCACGCAAGAUCCACGGGGAGAGGAAUGUCUUUGCAGGCAUCUUCCGCAACCUCAUCUUCUGUUCUGUGGUCUUGGGCACAUUCAUCAGCCAGAUUCUCAUUGUGGAAUUUGGGGGUAAACCUUUCAGUUGUACGAGUCUCACCCUGUCCCAGUGGUUUUGGUGUCUCUUCAUUGGCAUUGGAGAACUGCUGUGGGGCCAGAUAAUCUCCACGAUACCUACCCAAUCCCUGAAGUUCCUAAAGGAGGCUGGGCAUGGCACCACCAAAGAGGAGAUCACCAAGGAUGCAGAGGGCCUGGACGAGAUUGACCAUGCAGAGAUGGAGCUGCGCCGGGGCCAGAUCCUGUGGUUCCGGGGCCUGAACCGUAUUCAGACUCAGAUCGACGUAAUUAACACAUUCCAGACGGGAGCCUCUUUUAAGGGAGUCCUAAAGCGACCGACCAUGGGUCAACAUCUUGAUGUAAAACAUGUUCCUAGCUCAUCCUAUGUAACAGUUGCUCCAGUCAAAUCUCCCCCCACCACUUCUGUUGCUGCUGCUGUUUCAUCUCCUACUCUGGGCAAUCAAAGUAGUCAAAGCAUUCCAUAGUUCCCUCCAUGAAAGCAUCCAGAAACCCAAGAACCAAAAUUCCAUCCACAACUUCAUGACCCACCCUGAAUUCGCCAUAGAUGAGGAGGUGCCACGAACACCACUCCUGGAUGAGCAAGAGGAGGAAAAUCUUGAAAAGGUUUCUACGUCUGGGACUAGGGUGCUGCUGUUGGAUGGUGACGUCACUCCGUACGCCAACAAAAACAACAAUGCGAUGUGUUGCAGCCAGGUGCAAAUUGUUGCCUCCCACCCGGACAGCCCUCUGCACAGCCUGGAGACAUCAGUUUGAACUU